UGCAAACUACCCUGACUUCGAAAUACAUCGCUGCCCUUUCAUUUUGAUUGUGGUUCAAACAUCAAUGUGGAAAACCUUCAGCAGAAGGACUGCAAAGGUUUAAGACUGUAACGUGCCAUGAUCAAUAAUUAGGGAUGCCCAAUAUAUGCUAGAUUUGUAACACCGCCCAGAUAUUGAAUAAUAAAUACAGGGAUAAAAUAAUCUUCCAUGCGUCAAAACCACCAUCUUUUCACAUUUUCCUUAGGUACAAAUACCCGACACCGACACAAUAUCACAUAUGUGGUCUCAUCAGGUUCCUUUAUCGUAGGAGCAAAAUUGUCUCUUCCACGAAAAUAAUUUCGCCGCAAAGUCAAACAAACAAUUUGGUUUUGUAAAUUCGUCUUUUUUCUCCAUGUUACCAUAUUCGUAAUCACGUACAAGGACUUGCGAGACCAACAUCAUUCAGAUCCCACCAUUUAAAAUGCACUUGGACUUUCCAAUAUGGAAUGUGUAUGUUUUCUGUUAAUGGGUACCACAGUAUUUUUUUAUCUUCCGCUGCUUAGUCCUAGUCUCAUCCCAAACGCUGGUUUGACAAUGGAGAAUGGUAACGGGCCCUCGAGCAUAUCGGCUAUGAUUCCCAGUAUCACAGGAGAAUGAAAUAAAAUCUAUCGAACUAAUUUAAUCAAAGAUCCGCAUGGUAGGAUAUUCUGGAGGGUUGAAUCGCCUGGAAUCCAUGAAAGAUAAUCGACUGGAUAUAAAAUUGGGUUCAUGGAGGAAGCAGUGUGUGAUGGUGAAAGGUUGUUUUUUUUCGGAUUAGAGGCCUGUGACUAGUUUUAGGUUUCGGUGCAGUGCCCAUUGCUGUUUAUCAUCUUAUCAAUGAUUUGUAUGAGGAAUUACAAGGCAUGAUUACCAAGUUUGCAUGUGACACUAACGUGGGUGGUAUUGCAGAAAGUGAAGAUGGUUGUCAAAAAUGGCAGCAGGAUAAUGAUCGGUUGGGCAGGUGGGCUGCGAAUUGGUUGAUGGAAUUGAAUACAGAGAAGUGAGUGGUAUUGCAUUUAGUGAAGUCUAACCAGGGCAAGAUCUACACAGUGAAUGGCAAGGUUCUGAUGAGUGUUAUAUACUAAAGAAUGAUCUAGGAAUGCAGGUACACAGUUCCUUAAAAGUGGCGUUACAUGCAGAUAAUAUGGUCAAGAUGGCUUUCGGCACAUUGGCCUUCAUCAGAGUAUUGAGUAUAGAUAUUGGGAGGUCAUGUUACAGUUGUACAAGACAUUGAUGAGUCCACAUUUAUUGUAUUGUGUCAGUUUUUGUCACCCUGUUAUAUGAUGUUUGUUAAGCUGGAAAUGGUGCAGUAACGAUUUACGAGGGUGAUGCCAGGGCUAGAGGCCCUGAGGUACAUGGACAGGUUGAACAGGCUGGGACUUCAUUCCACGGAUUGCGACAGGAUGAGGGCAGCUUUUAUACAUAAAAUCUGGUAGGCGUAUGGAAACCAUUGCCAGAGGAGGUAGUUGCGGCAGGUACUCUCACAAUAUUUAAAAACAUUUGGACAUGUACAUGGAUAAGUUAUGUUCAGAGGGAUAUAGGCCAAACGUAGGCAGGUGGGACUAGUGUAGAUAGGUCAUGUUGGUCGGCGUGGGAAAGUUGGGCAGAAGGGCCUGUUUGCACGCUGUAUGACUAUGACCCGGUGGCUCUAAAUAUGCCUAAUUAGAUAAUUUGCAUGGAAGUUCCAUGACGCUAUGACAGUGGCACCAAGAAUAUAUUACGUGGUUCUAAUUCGGGCUGCGUGAAGUUUCUCCUGGAUCUACGGUUUCCUCCCAGACUCCAAAGACUUACGGGAUUGUAGGUUAAUUGGCUUGGUAUAAUUGUAAAUGCUCCCUAGUGUGCGUAGGAUAAUGUAAUUAUGUGGGGUUCGAUGGUCAGAAGGGCCUGUUUCCGCGCUGUAUCUCUAAACUAAACUAAACUGAAAUUGAAGUUGCACAACAGGAAACACUGAGCGCAAUUCCUCUGAUGUUCAGCAGAGGCACCAUUGCUUUAAGAUAGUUUUCUGUUAUUACUGGCCCAAUCAGUUUGCGUCGCUGUCUACCAAUGAGACGUUGAUGUGUGGGUGGUGAUCCAUCUGCCCUCCCCCAAAGCCAAGCGCUGUUCUGUGUGGAGGGAACCAGCACCAUUGUUCGUCAGAGGCUCUCAAUCAAGUUGAGAGAAGGCAGCGAACACCAAAAAGAUUUGCUUUUUGCAAAUUACUAGACUUCUUCGUAAAAUAAAACUAAAAUAAAAUGCUUAAUGUGGCAAACGGUUUUAUGAAGAAAUACUGUCUUCCACAUAAAAAUCGAGGGAUGCAAGUUAAUCGGCGCAUCUGGUAAUUAUUUAUGUGUUCGGUUGUUUGUUCCUGAAUGGCCUGGUUACUGAAGAAUCGGCCGUCCCAAUGGCAAGUUCUUUAUCUGUUACUCGUAUGUGUAUCGGAUUUAAUCUGUGAGAAUAUUCGAUACUCAAUUCCUGAAGAAUUAGAGGUCGGAGCCGUUGUCGGAAAUAUUGCCUCGGAUCUGGGAUUACAUGCAAAAUAUCUGUUGCAGCGAAGAUUUCAAAUAUUAAGCGAUAGCAAAAGGCAGCACAUUGAUGUGAAUAUAAACACUGGGAAUUUAUUCAUAAAGGAAAAGAUCGACCGGGAGCAGCUUUGUGAACAAAGCCUCACGUGCGUUUUGAUACUGGAGGCAGUUCUUGAAGAUCCGCUGACGCUCUAUCGUGUAGAGAUUGAGAUUCUUGAUGUAAAUGACAAUGCACCUGUUUUCCUGAGAAGCGAGAUAAAUCUUGAAAUAUCAGAGAUCACUGUGGCAGGAACGUCCUUUCCGCUCCAGAGCGCACUAGACCCGGACGCGGGAACCAACGGUGUGCGCUUUUACAAACUGAAUCCGAAUGAGCAUUUCGCAUUGAAAUUCUUGCCAGGCGGUGAGCAAAAUGGCACCCCCGAGCUCGUAUUGGAACGGGCCCUUGAUAGAGAGCAACAAGCCGUUCACCAGCUAACACUGACCGCGUCUGAUGACGGGAAUCCGCAAAAGGUUGGAACCAGCCAUAUUAAAAUUACUGUCGUGGAUGUGAACGACAACGCCCCUGUUUGCCAACCGAACGUGCAACAAGUUUCAGUAGCCGAAAACGUCCCCCCUAAUACCUCCGUGGUGAAAGUAACUGCCGUGGAUUUGGACGAAGGCUUAAGCGGUGAGUUAAUAUAUUCAUUCAAUGUUCAUACUCCUGAAAAAGUGCGGAAGGUAUUUAGCUUGGAUUCAUUAACAGGAGAAAUGACAGUAAUUGGUAACGUGGACUUUGAAGAAACAGAAAUGUAUCAAAUUUCAGUGCAAGCCAAGGAUAGGGGGUCGAAUCCAUUAUUAGCAUACUGCAAGGUUGUGGUCCUGGUUACAGAUGUUAACGAUAACAGUCCUGAAAUGAUGCUAACCACGAUGGCAGGCACUGUAGCUGAGAAUAUAGGCACACAUACCACAAUAGCUCUUCUCAGAGUUUCCGACAGGGAUUCUGAAAAUUCGGCGGAUAUUUUUUGUGGCAUCACCAAAGGUAUCCCCUUUAAGCUUAACAAAUUAAAUAGCUAUUACACGUUAGUCACCGACGGUGAGUUAGACCGUGAGAUGGUGCCAGAAUACAACAUUACUAUAAUAUGUACUGAUUCAGGCUCUCCUCCAUUGUCGACCAGCAAAACCCUCCAUGUUCUUGUCACUGAUAUAAAUGACAACGCCCCAGGAUUCACCCAACCUUCCUUCACAGUGUAUGUGAAAGAAAAUAAUGCCGUGGGUGCUUCAAUUGGUUCUGCGUCAGCCAUCGAUCCAGAUUCCAAAGAAAACGGACAGAUUAAGUUCCUUAUUUUAGAUAAGUUGAUCAAUGGCUUGCCUGCAUCUACUUUCGUCUCCAUAAACGCUGCCAGUGGUGUAAUCUUUGCGGAAAGGUCGUUUGAUUUUGAGCAACUGAAACGGAUUAAUCUCCACGUGCAAGCAGUGGAUGCUGGAAUUCCUCCACUGUUCAAUAACGUGACCGUCAACGUGAUAAUUCUCGACCAAAACGACAAUCCUCCUUUGAUCGUGUCACCUGUACCAAAUAAAGGCACAGGAAUUGAAGACACGAUACCUCGAUCUGCAGACUCUGGCUACUUGGUUGCAAAAGUGAUGGCCACUGAUCUCGAUUCUAGCCAAAAUGCGCAACUUUCCUAUCAGCUUACUCAGCCCACUGAUGACAGUCUGUUUACUGUGUCUCCAAACACGGGAGAAAUUUGGACAAUUCGCCGCUUUCGGCACAAAGAUCCAGCUAAGCAAAAACUCGUCGUUAUUGUAAAGGACAAAGGAACUCCACCCCUUUCAUCCACUGUCACGAUUACUGUAUUGGUGCAAGACGAUUAUGCAGAAAACGCAUCCAAUUUAGACAGAGAUGAAAUGCCUGGUCAAUGGCAAUAUGACAUGAAAUUUUAUUUGAUUAUUGCAUUUGGCUCAGCCUCCUUCGCAUUCCUCGUGGCAAUUACAAUUCUUGGCAUUAUGGUGCAGAAAGGUAGGACUCAGAAGAGUAAAUCAUGUUGCUGUUGGGACAUUAGCAACUUCUCGAGAAGAAGCUCGCUUCAGGGAAUUCAAAAGGCUAGUGUGAAUCUUCAAGUGCCUGUCAAUUACGCAGAUGUUUACCAGAGAGAGACUCUCUCGAAACCAUUUCGCUAUGAAGUCUGUUCUGAUCCAGCUAUAAAGGAUUUCAUGCUCUUAAAGUACCAUGAUACUUCUACGCCCUGGAUAAGUAACACGAAUGGUCCUCAUCCUUCUGACAAACAUAUACUGUCUGCAAGCUCUACGAACAAGGAUCCAACUGAAUUUAAUGAGAUCUGCAGUAACCGUCAGUGGGAUAUGGAGCAAUCUUCCAUGGAAAUGUACCCUUCUGGACAGUAUAAUUUGGGUGAAAAUGAAGUGGAACCGGAUCACAGAAGGUUUAUGGAAAUACAUUCCCACGCCUUAUAGAAUGCACGACUAGAUGGAAAUGACUUUGUCUCUUAAUUGCGGCGAGCAGUUUGCAUAGAUGUUGCCUGUUCUCCGUUAUAUUUACUCAAGUGGCCAUCUCAGUGUGCAUGAUUACGCUUCAUGUCUAAUACGGUUGUAACUGCAAGUCUUCGUAAUGAGCCAAAUCGAUUUGCGGCAGUAUUCUGCUGACCACACAUCGUCUCAUGGGCAUUUAUCGCAACAUACGUCUCCAAAACAGAACCUAUUCUGCGAUUACGUGUUUGAAAUGGUAGACUUGCCAUCAGCAAAUACUCUUCACGACCGUAUGCUGUUGUAAUAUGUCUUUUCGGACAUUGGAAGGACUUCGAGAGAAAUUGUUGCUGGUCCAUCGAUAGCCAAUACAAUUCCAAUGAUCAAAGAACGAAUUUGCAUUUAGAGAAAUGGAAGCUAUAUUCCUGGUGGAGUCUUCACAUUCCCGUUCACUUCGCAACAAUCAAGAAGUGGAUUGGUUGAAUAAAGCUUAAUUAAGACAAUGACAGGACAGGAACCAUUGAACGAUUCACAGAAUAUCACAACAGACAUCAUUUUAGAAUGCGAUUAAAAUUGCAAGCGAAGACAUGAAGGACUGCAGAAAUGAUUAUUUUUCACCGUGUUAGAGACUACAGUUGAUGGCAUUGACCUGCUUCUGCAUUGAAAUUCGAUUCUCGCUUACUUCUUUAGCAUUUCCAAUGUGUUGUUGUGUCCGUAAAUCUUCACGUGUUAUGUAAUAUUUCUCAAUAUCACGAAAAUGUUUAGGAGUCCCUUGUAGCGAAAAGUACCGCUCUUAGUGUUCUGAAGAAUGUCUUGUUGUUCCCAAAAUUAAUUAACCUAAAUAAAAAUAACUGGUCGAAUCCUGCUUUAUCGUGUUCUCAUGAGAACGAAUCAAACCAGUGCAGGCCAAAGAUACCAAAUAAAUGUUAACUUCAAUUCCGAACCACACGUGACGAGAAUAAAUGUAACUAACGAUGCAUUUAUUUCAAGAGUCUGAAAUCGAAUUAACUUUAAAUAACAAAAUGACUGGUAAUUCAAAUUCUGCUAUAUUUUGAUAUGUAGAAUAUGACGAUUCAUAUUUGACACGAUUGGCCGUUCAUUCUGCCGUGAACAUGAUAGGCCAAGGUCACAACAGCACUCUCAGCCUAUGAUCUCAUUCUUUUCGUAAAAUAAAGCUGCGAGGUUGUGCGGUUAAUUUGGUAUGUGGCUAAAUAUUUCGCAAGGAGCUAGAUGUAAACGUAAUUGUCUUCUGAGUGGUAAACUACGCACAUUACUACAUCCCAAAUAGGCUUACAGUUGACAUGUUCCAGAGUGGUUCCUUGCGCCAUCACCAGUUUGAAUUAACUUUAAUUCUUGUCUUUUAGCCAUUAGUCACGUUGCCCUAUGUUUAUUGUGAUGUAAAGAACGAAGACACAACAUCAUAGA